AUGACUUGUGGUCCAGUGCUGGUGCUGCUUGGCGUGGGGCUGCCAGAGGUUAUGGUUGGUGGCACAAAUGUGCCAGCGAGGCCCAUGCCUGGGUCGGUGGUAAGGACUGCUCCUGUUGACGAGCCCUGUCCAAUGCCUCGUUAUUCGCAACUCGCCGCUGGAGUGCUUCUCGGAAAAUACGAUUCUGGAAAAGCAAGGCCAUUGGCCCAUGGUGUAGCGUUCAGAGACGCAUCUGGAACCAGACACACAGCAUACCUCAAGAAAGGGUCCAAGAACGAGAUAAUUAUAUCAGCUGGGGCAAUUGGAAGCCCACAGAUCUUGUUGUUGAGUGGUGUGGGCCCUGAAGAGCACCUUAAGGCCCACAACAUCACCGUUGUGUUGGACCAACCCAUGGUUGGCCGAGGCAUGUCAGACAACCCUAUGAAUGCCAUUUUCGUGCCUUCACCUAACCCGGUCGAGGUGUCGCUCAUCCAAGUCGUUGGCAUUAUCCGCUUCGGAAGCUACAUUGAAGCUGCUGGAGGCGAAAACUUCUCUCCGAGGGACUAUGGAAUGUUAUCUCCCAAGAUUGGCCAGCUCUCCACCUUGCCACCAAAGCAAAGGACCCCUGAAGCCCUAGCUAAAGCUGUGGAAUUCAUGAACAGUCUUGAUGAAGCAGCUUUUAACGGAGGCUUCAUCCUUGAGAAGAUCAUAGGCCCCGUUUCCGCAGGCCAUUUGGAGCUCCAGACCCUAAACCCGAACGACAACCCCUCUGUCACCUUCAACUAUUUCCAAGACCCCCUAGACUUGGAGAGAUGUGUCCGAGGCCUUCAUACCAUAGAGAAGGUGGUUGAAUCAAAGGCAUUCUCCAAAUUCCGGUUCAACGAUAUGUCAAUACCAACUCUCCUCAACAUGACAGCCCGAGCCCCCAUCAAUUUGCUGCCUAGGCAUGAGAAUUCUUCAAGGUCUCUGGAGCAGUUCUGUAAGGUCACUGUGAUGACCAUUUGGCAUUACCAUGGAGGAUGCCAAGUUGGGAGAGUUGUUGAUCAUCAAUACAAGGUUCUUGGUGUUGAUGCUCUUAGGGUUAUUGAUGGCUCCACUUUUAACUACUCACCUGGGACUAAUCCUCAAGCCACUGUUAUGAUGCUUGGAAGGUACAUGGGACAGACAAUACUGAAUGAGAGACUUGCGACUGAUGAACCAUAGUGUGUUCAUAAUACUGGGGUCAUACCCUAUAUAUUUGUAACUAUAUAUUAGGGCCGGUUCUGAGAUUUUUGUGGCCUGAGGCGAAUAUAAUCUCGUAUAAAUUGACAUUAAGUGUUCAGGUA